CCGACUUCUCCAGCUCGGCACCGACAGCCGACCUAACAUACACAACACAAUGAGAUAGACGAUCCAGAAAGCUCACGCAGCCACAAUCAAUUCCUUGCGCCAAUUCAACCGGAAUGAGAAUUGCAGCGUUCAAGAUUAAAACAUUAAAGAAGUAGCCUACCUAAGGUAAUCCGUAACCGGCCGAAAAGAUUGAAGCUCGGUCCUCAAUCCCAGAAAAGCCUACUUACAGUACUCCACGAGGUAGUAAAGAUCGACGGCACAGCGCCAGCACAAGUGGUCCCCAGCUUCAAUAAUUGGCUAACUGCAAGUACUAUUAUUUAAUUAGUGCUGAUGACAAAGGCAUAGCGGCUUGGUAUUUUUCAACGACACCCAAGAAGCCGCAAGCCGCCUUAGGACGGGUUCCACCCGUAUAGGCGAAAUUCGCUGAUUCCCUCUCAUUGCUUCUAGAUACGAGGGAAUUUGUCUGUCUGCCAAUCAAGGAAAUGCUACGUAACUUGGCUACCCGGUGCCUAGCCUAUCUGGCAUGGAUAGGUGCAGGGAAGCUGAAAAUGAGUUUUUAAAUACCUUGACUCCGCUGCGCCCUGAUGUAAUGCGCUGAACGCGAUUCUUUUGGUUGUCUUAUUACUCCUCUCAGCAUCGAGUUCACCCUCGCGGAUAGCAAUGUCUCGAUGGCAUCGGCGGGUAAUCACCAUGGUCACGAGCCAUAUAGCACUCUUGAAGUUUACGUAGGCGGAAAUGAAGCGUCGGCGCCCGAAGUUGUGAAUUUCUCGAAUACGAAUAAAGAAGUCGUUAAUCAGCCUGAGAAUGUUAAGGAUUCACAGAUCGCACCAGGUGCCGCUACGGGAUUGGGAAUUCAAGAUUUCGGGAAAGAGGUAGCGAAUAGAGACCCGGGCAAGGAAGAGGCGGCUGUCCCAGGACAAGAUGAUGGAACCACGAAGCGAAGAAUUUGCGGGUUAUCGCCGCGGUUAUUCUACAUAAUUCUCGCCGUGGCACUGAUAAUCAUAGCUGGCGCCAUUGCCGGAGGUGUAGCUGGAGGACUAGCCGGUCGGUCAAGCAAAUCAACAUCAUCGUCUGGCUCAUCGCUAGAUCCCAACACGUCUGGGAGCAGCGCUAUUCUUAGCAAUUCAAGUCUCGCGGCUUCCAAUUGGACAGAUCCAGACGGCAAUAUACAUAGGACCGUGUUCUUCCAAGAUGAGUACAGCCAUAUUAUCGCUCGACAGUGGGACUCGCAGAACAAGACGUGGAUGACGCGAAACAUCACCGAGCUAGUGCAGCCUUCAACGUCGGGACCUAUCAGCCCUCUUCCGGGCACAUCCCUAGCGAGCGCGUCGCGUGAUAUUAAACAGGGUUCGGUAUAUGAUGUGUCCGUCUUUUUCUCAGAACUAUCCGGCGACGCGCAAACCAUCAGCCAGGCAGCUUCCUACAACCCGAUCGGCAACCCAGAUUCAUGGACGUACAAUACAUCAUCGCUUCGAACCUGGAACGACACCCAGAUUGCCGCGGCAUGGCAGCGCUGUCCGAGGGAUAAUUGUCCCGGGUAUUGGGCUAUAGCAUACCAAGGGCGACAGGGUUAUGUUCGAGUCGGAAACUCGAGCAAUUGGGGCUCUGACUCGGUGAUCAAAACGAGUGCUGUCACUGCCCGGGCGAGUAUCGCCCUAUUACCGGCGCUCAAUGGGACUAAUUUGGAUGGCUUAACACUCGCUACUCAGAGGAUUCCGGGGUCUAUCGUUAAGUCAACCCUGAAGCAGACGGGGAAUUGGACGCAGAAUGAUGGCACAAUCUUAGACGACGUCAACCCCUCAGAUACACGUCAAUUCGCUGCCACCUCAAUGAAUAACUGGAACGAAGCUCUCUUUCUCGCCUUAUCUACAGACGGUGGGGUUAAAGCAGCGAGGUGGGAUGGAAAAGCGUAUAACGCAGUCCCAGAGAUUAAUUUUGCUCAGGCGCAGUCGACGAAUUUCUCGGCUAUCGCGAUGACGACGGAUGCGAUGUUCUACGGCAUAGCGGAUGAGCAGAUCUGGGAGUAUUCCGUUGAUACGACGGAUCCGUCGGUUUUUACUUUGGUUGGAAAGGUAUACCCAUAAUCACUAGCAUAGCAUAAUAGAGUAGUAAUCAAAUUCAAAACUCCGUAUCAUAACUCCCGCGACACUUAAAUAAGAAACGCCGAAAAUACAACCAAACAUCAAGGCUGGACUGGGUCG